UGAUAAUCAGUAUUUUCUCAGCCCCUUGCAUUUGUUUCAUUAAUCUUUGAAAGAUCUGAAUUGUUGGUUCGUUGACUUGUACCAAAAAUGAAAACUUUUAGAUAAGUUGAGAACAUAAAUUUGCAAAAUAUGUGUAGGCUUAUAUUGUUGUUACGCAAAUAUCACAGAUAUGGGUAGCACACAGUUUUCAGCUAUAUCACAAGCAUUUCACAAACUAACACUUGCAUUAAAAUCAUGCAAAAACACCUCCGAAAUUCGUCAACUUCAUUGCUACAUGAUCAAAACAUCUCUCACCAAUCUUCCUUUUACAUUAAGCAAGCUUCUCGCUGCAUCAAUCAUAGACAUGGAUUAUGCAUCCACCAUUUUCAGUCAUAUUCAAAAUCCCAAUCUUUUCAUGUUCAAUACAAUGCUUAGAGGCUAUUCUGUUAGCAGUUUUUCUAAUAAAGCUUUGCCCAUUUUUAAUGAACUCAGAAACCGUGGAAUUGAGCUUGAUCAGUUUUCUUUCGUCGCCGUGGUUAAAGCUUGUGGCCGAAGUUUAGAGGUUGGGUUUGGUAGAGGGAUUCAUGGGAUUGCGGUGAAGUCUGGGAAUAGGAUGUUUGUUGAUUUGAAUAAUACUCUUUUGCAGUUUUAUUGUGUUUGUAGAAGAAUUGAAGAUGCACGUAAGGUGUUUGAUGAAUUUCCUGAGAGAAAUGAUUUGGUGUCUUGGAAUGCUUUGAUGGGUGGGUGUGUUCUUGUUUCUCAGCAUUGUUUGGUUUUUGAGUUAUUCUUGAAGAUGUGUUGUAUUGGGAUUAAAGCUAGUGUUGCUACUAUGUUGAGUCUUUUGUGUGCAGCUGGUGAUGUAGGGGACUUUGUUUUAGGGAAGUCUCUUCAUGGUUACUGUAUCAAAAUUGGAUUCGGUUAUAAUUUAAAUGUUGUUACUGCAUUGGUUGAUAUGUAUGCAAAAAUGGGCAAUAUCUAUUUGGCACGAGAAGUUUUUGAUGGUCUUGUGGAAAAGGAUGUUGUUUUAUGGAACUGUUUGAUAAGAAUUUAUGCAAGGAAUUGCCUGGUUGAAGAAGCAGUGGCAUUACUACAGAAAAUGAGAUAUGAAGGAGUGAGACCUAACUCUUCUACUUUCGUUGGGCUGCUUUCGGUGUACCCUGCAUCCGGAUCUAUGCAUGGAGUUAGAUAUGUUACUAGUUUGAUUGAAGAGGAGAAACUAGAACUGGAUGCGGUUCUUGGAACAGCUCUUGUUGAUGUGUAUGCGAAAUGCGGCUUUCUAGGUGAGGCCAUGGACAUAUUUGAGAGGAUGGAAAGUAAAGAUGUGAAGUCAUGGACAGCUGUGAUUUCGGGUCAUGGAAUUCACGGGCAGCCAAUGGAAGCCAUAAGGCUUUACAAUAGGAUGGAGAAUGAAGGGUUUAGACCAAAUGAAGUCACCUUUUUGGCAAUUCUUACUGCUUGUAGUCAUGGAGGACUUGUUAAUGAGGGGAUUGAAUUUUUUAAGCGCAUGGUUCAGGAACAUGGCUUUUCACCGCGGGUUGAGCAUUAUGGAUGCCUUAUUGAUCUCUUGGGUCGAGCAGGAAUGCUACACGAAGCAUUUGAGCUUAUCAAGAGCUUGCCCAUUAAGGGUGAUGCUACUUCAUGGCGUACGCUGCUUUCUGCUUGCCGAGUCCAUGGAGAUGUUAACUUGGGGGAAUGUGUGAAGGAUGUGCUAAACAACUUUUACUCCGCGCAUCCUACAGAUUCCCUCCUCAUUUCUAGCACUUAUGCAGUUGCUGGAAGAAUCUCAGAUCUUACAAGAAUGGAGCAAACAAAUGUUAGUUUAGGCAAUUACGGUGUGCUCGAAACAGAGGGAGAAAAUAUGUUAAAGGAGGCUGGAUUCAGCAGAGUUGAAAUUGAUAACUAGGGAAGAUAUGUUUUUGGCCGAAGAUUAGAAACAAACCUUCCGAGUUAAGAUUCUGCUUAGAUUUAAGAAUGUUUGAUUUAUGAGUUGAUUGUAUUGCCAGGUUUUCUUUGGUAGAGGAAGAAAAAGAAACAUACAUAUGAAGUCCACCUGUGUAGGACAAUAAUAUUAUCAAAGCAUAAUCAUUAUUUAUUGAUAUAUUGCAUUAACAAAUAUUCAGCUAUAUGUUGCAUCUAACAUAGCACAGAACAUCAGAUUUAAAGCAUGUUUAGUGUUUGGAGGCCAACACGACACCGAAAUAUGAUUAUGUUCAAUCACUUUUAUUUUCUUAAA